CUGGAGUUUUAUACUCUCUCUGGCCAGAAUCCGACUGUGCGAACGUGCAAGAAGUGUUUUGCAACUCCAUUCUAUUAAAGUCUUCCGACAAACAUGGCACCUCCUGCUGCUGAUAUCGACCUUAUCUCCCACCAAUCGACCACCACCAUCCCGGUCACAAAAGGGGCUAACGCAAGCCUGCUCAAGGAACCACUGAAGUAUUCCGGCUCUCUCGACGGAUACAAGUCCUUUGAAGCCACCAACGUCAUUGGUCGCGAAUACCCAGAGCUGCAGUUGAGCGAUAUCUUGCACGACGACAACAAAAUCCGCGAUCUCGCCAUCACAGUAUCCCAGCACGGCGUUGUCUUCUUCCGCAACCAGAAUAUCAACAUCGAAGAUCAAAAAAUACUUGGCCAGAAGCUCGGGGAGCUGACGGGUAAGCCUGAGACGUCGAAGCUCCAUCGUCAUGCCCUGAGCAACAGCAAGCGGGGUAUUGCAGUUGAUGAGAACGGUAAGCUCGACGAUGAAGUCUCGGUCAUCUCGUCCGAGCAAAAUCGCAAGUUCUAUAAAGAUCGAUUUAGCCCCGACACGAAAAGACUAGCUAGCGAAGGCUGGCACGCCGAUAUUACAUUCGAGCGCAUCCCCUCCGACUACGCUAUCCUCAAAAUUAUCACGAAACCUGAAGACGCCGGCGGCGACACGCUAUGGGCUUCAGGCUACGAGCUCUAUGACCGGCUCUCGCCUGACUUCCAGCAGCUAGCGGAGAGACUGACAGCCACGCACUACCAGCCCAACUUCGUUAAGGUGGCUAAGGAGUUCGGCGAGGAACUCAUCGAGCAAGAUCGCGGCGCGCCCGAGAAUAAUGGCAUUGACUUCACUGCGUCUCAUCCCGUCGUCCGUACCAAUCCUGUCACCGGCUGGAAGAGUCUCUUCGGCGCUGGCCAUCAGGUUCACCACGGCUGGAUCGAUAACGUCAGCCCGCGGGAGAGCGAGAUCUUGAAGGCCUAUUUCCUGCAACUCAUCACCGAUAAUCAUGACUUGCAGGUUCGUUUUCGCUGGAACGAGAACGAUUUGGCAAUUUGGGAUAAUCGAUCCGUCUUCCACACAGCGACCAAUGAUUACUUUGGCAAGAGACAGGGGAAUCGUGUUGUGUCCUUGGGAGAGAAGCCCUACUUUGACCCGAAGUCGGUGUCGCGUCGCGAGGCGCUGCGUGCGGCCGCGGCUUAGUGGACUGUGGACAAUUCUAGCAGCCACAGAAUAGAUCAACA